UUUUACGUUCUUCAGGUCGGUACGGCGCCUCUGCGGUCACAUUUUCUCGCAUCGUUCUUUCACCUAGAUAAUUUUAACAACAAUCCGCGAUAAAAAUGUCGAAGAGGAAUAGCACGAGCGAAGAUUACAGAAAAGGGUCAAGUGCCUACAGAGCGGCGGAUCGCAGAGGGGACGACUGGGAACGGGAUCGAUCACCACUACGCGAUGAUGUAUGCAACCAGACCAGCUCUGACCAGACUGAUCAUAAGAAGCAGAAACUCACUUUUGGCUUUGGAAAGAAACCUCUACCCACCGAGCAGAAGAAGGGCAUCCAAAUCAAACUAGGAUCGGGAUCCAAGCCUAGCGUGAAACCAGCUGCAGUUCAGAAGCCGACAGUUGCUUCAGUGUUUAAUGCUGAUGAUGAUGACGAACCUGAAGAAAUGCCUGCGGAAGCAAGAAUGCGGAUGAGAAAUAUCGGUCGGGAAACACCGACGUCAGCAGGACCGAAUUCAUUUGGAAAAACGAAGCAAGGAUUCUGUGAUUCAAAGAAGAUAUUUGAGAAGACACUAAAGAGGGCUAUGGAGGAAGCUCAUAAAUGAUUGAUUGAACCGUGCAGCAUCUAUCGAAAUCGACUGUUGUUAAUACAUUAAUUUAAUAAUUAAUUUAAAAGGUAUCUACCAAUUCUAACUUACCAGUAGAACCACAGUUAUAAAGGGAAAAAAAGUUCUACUAAAAAAUGAAUCGAUAAAAAGAUAUAGCACCACUUGAGAUUCAUGUCGUUAAGGAAGGAUUUCAUCACCAGAAAUAUAAUUAUUGUUACAUUUAAUCAUUAGCAUAAUACUGCAGAAGAAACUAUUAUCAUUGUCAUAUAGAAAUACCUUGUCGUUUUACUCCUUGACUAAAUAGCUAUAACCUCUAGUUUUGUAUAGAGUAUUCAAACGUGGUGAUAACAGUCUUUCAGAAAUUGCACAUCUUUAAUUGAAUUAAUAUUAACAUCUUACAUCCAUUAAAUUGUCCGAAAAAAAACUUUGGGAAUUUAGUGUUCUUCCCGGACUCUUACCUUUCAAGAGACGGCUCGAAUAUUAUGUUUGGAAGUCUGGACAAUGAUAAAAAUCCUGGUUAUACUAACCGUUUUACCAUUUAGAUAACAAGAAAUUAUCGCUUUUUGUACGGCAUGUAAAUUGCAAUAAAAAAUCGUACAGACGUUUGGAAAGAGAAAAAAAACAGCAAGAUUGAAACUUUCCCGAAAAUACUUAUCAACUUUAUUAUUUUAUAAG